UUCGACGCAUUGAGCAGAUUUUACGGAAGACGUGGCUUGCCUUCUGAAGUUUACUCUGACUGCGGUACUAACUUUGUCGAUGCUAAUCAAGAAUUAAAGAAGUUAUAUGUGUCAGAAGAACACCAAAGAUUUAAGUAAUAUCGGCCCUAAUGAUAAUGAACAAUGUAUUGACAACAAGCAAAGAAUUGCCAUCCUUGAGAAGAAACUCAAUGUAAUGCGGGCUGAAAUUGACCACUUAAAAUUUGUUUUCUGGCAGAUGAUAAUGGGCAAACCAAUUCCAACCCAAGCAGGAGACUGUAUUGAAAAUACUUUUAGGUCGUCCAUUAGUAAUGAUGCGAGUUUCAAAUCCAACGGAACAAAUAGUAUAGAAGAUAAUGCAAUUGAUUCCAAAUCACAUCGGUCACCUUCUACAUCAAAUUUAACAUUGGCUGAAAAUCCCGAAGAAUAGUACAAGGUAGCAAAUGACUAUGACACCAGAUGACAGUUUUACUGAUUGUCUGGGUGCAAUUGACGGUAAACACGUCAUUAUUCAAUCACCUAUACACAGUGGUUCUGAAUAUAUUAAGUAUAAAGGUACAUUCAGCAUAGUAUUGAUGGCUUUAGUUGAUGCUAAUUAUUGAUUUUUUAACACAAACGUUCGAUGCCAAGGAAGAAUUAGUGAUGAGGGAGUUUUCAAAUAUACUUCUCUCUUUUAUAAAAUAGAAGAUAAUCAAUUGAUGUUUUCUCCUGACCAACCAUUAUCAUCAAGGACUUUAUCACUUCCUUUUGUAAUUGUAGCGGACGAUGCUGACGCUCUUAAUCCGCGUAUUAUGAAACCCUAUCCAGGGACAUACGGUAAAAGGAGCAUAGAAAGAAUUUUUAAUAAUCGUCUUUCGCAAGCUAGACGUGUUGGAAAUGUGUUCGGUAUUAUUGCUUCAGUAUUUCGGGUUUUAAAAAAACCAUUAUUAUUGGAACCGGAAAAAGCUGCCAAUAUUACAAUAACUUGUACUUUACUGAACGAAAAAGUAAAAUAUUAAAACAAAUUUAUAUUCCUCAAGGUACAUUUAACAAAGACAAUAAACAAGGAUUUAUUCCAAGAACAUGGCGUUUUGAGUUCUUUAUUAUCGAUUCGGAGGGUACCGAGAAACCUUAAAACUAAAAAUUUUAAAUGUAUCUUCAGAGACAGAAGAGCAAGUCGCAGCUGAGUCUAAGAGAGCACGAUAGGGAAGACUGAAUAAGACUAAAUUUAAUUCUAGUGAUGAAAAAGAACAGACACUAUUUUUUAAAAGAUUCACUGCAGGGUCAGAAGAGGGCUCGACUGGAGGUAGUGACGAACGUGAUGGGGCCGAGUCUUUCAAGCGUUCGUCUCUCCGUUUCCCUGAACAGACAUAUUUGGAUGUUGUUGAUCCGGCUGGUCCCUCUGACCAUUACCGCGACCACGGAAAUUAUUAUUAUUAUAAUUACCACGACGAUAAUUAUUAUAAUUAUUGUACUGCUGACGUUCAUUUUGAGUGGUGGGCCGUGUUUUCUCUGUAUAUCCCACAUUAUUAGAAGAAUAAUGACUAUAGGCAGAAGAAUGAAAAGACUGUGAGUUCUCUAACUCCGACAAGACAGGCAAAAGUUUAGAAGUAGAUUUGGGAUUUCGGCCUAAAAGAGAAGUACAGAUACUGUCAUUGAAGUGCUGACAUAUAACUCUCACUAGACGAGAGGGAGAGAUAAGCGGGUCCAAGAACCGUGCCUUAGCAAUCCACUGCAUCGCAUGAGUUGUCAGUCCAGUAGAAGACAAAUAUUUAUAGGGACGCAAAACCUCAUCGUAAACACGAUGUUGAACAGCCUCAGACCAAAACUGAGCUCUAAACAAAACUUUGAACUCGCGAAAGACACUAAAGGCCUGGACUCAGGAACUGCAGUCACAGGAUCACUAUUCACAGGUUCACCAGAAAGAAUUUUUAACUUAAAACUGUCAAAUUCAGCCUUUAAAUCCAGGGUAGUCUUGGAAAUGACAUCAAGACGAUUACCCACUUCACGAACUUGCCCAUCAAUACCUUUACAGUGAUUGAUAGUGGCGGUAACAUAUCCAUCAACGUCAGCUUUAACAGACUCAAUAUCACUGGAUAAUUUACUAGAAGACUCUAGACACAAAUUUUCAACACGGACAAUAUCACUCGAUAAUUUUUUAGUAGAUUCAUCACAAUGAUUUUUUAGAUCAGACAUAGAUUUCAUAAACAAUUCGAAUCGCUCAUCUGUCCGUUUGGCACUAGCCGCUAUUUCAAUUAACACUUCUUCCAACCGAUCACUGCGUUUCUUAGCCUUUUCACUAUUCUGGUGACAAAUUGACGAGUUGUCGAUUAUCAUUAACCAAAGACCAUCCAAAGUAUUGUUCGACUCAAAUUCCGUACGCACAGGAGAAAUAGGAGGUACUAACCGAGAACGCUCAAAAGCAGAAGUAGCUUGCGGGUCGACGCCCAACCGUUCAGGUUGCUUUGAUGUACGUUUCCCCGCACUUUCAGACAAAAAAUAAAAAUCAACACAAAAAAAUUUUAACAAAACAAUAAAUGCGUGUAAAACGCUAAGAAGAAUAAAUUAAUAAUAAAUAGGUUGUUCACAGUCGGUCUGAUACCUUACUGGAUACAACAAAAAUUAAACAAGAGUAAAAAAAAAUUAAAAUUAACAAAAGUAAUUAUAAAAAAGUAUCAAAAUCAGCAAUUAUAGCUGAGAAAACCAAAUAAUAAUAAUAGCAAAAUAAAUAACAAAGAAACAGUACUUUCACAAGUAAAAAAAAUCAAUAGGAACAAAAAGUCCAUAGAUAUUAAUAAGUGCGGGCACAACAAAAAUUACGUAAUAUAUCUUAAUGUGACACGGUCCCGCGUCGUUCACUAUACACGGAGCCCCGCGACCCGUGACACCUUUAUCAGCCGCCGCCCUACUGCGUGCAUAUGGUAGUUUGACUGACUAACACCGCGUGCGAUACGCCACAGUACAAAGUCCAGCAAGUGCCGCACGUCCAUCUACGACCCGCCGCAAAUAUACGUUAAGUAAUCUCCGUGGCCCCGUACGAUACGGAUCUAUUGAAGUUAUACCUGGCAACUCGUUGCACCUACGAUUUUUACUGUCGGUUUUGCUAUUAGUAUUGAGUGCAUUGUAUACUUUAUUUUGUGUUAUUUUUGUGACUAUUUUUGUAAGAAGCAAUAUACGGCUUCACGCC